AACCGAUUUUGGAACUCUUCAAAAGAGGAGAUAGAUAGAAUACACCCAGGUGUGUUGGUGAUCAUUGACUCCGAGUCAGAUUUACAUCCGUCAUAGUUUAGUCAUGUGGUCUUUGUAAUGUUGCAGCUAACCCACCAAUUAUACAUGAUUCUAGCAUAAGAAGAUGUGAUUAAUGAAGGGACAUAACUCUAGCACAGAGGGCCUGUGUUGUUGCGAGUAUGAGAACAACCAAGGAGAUAGGAGCCACAUCUUGGCCUGCUGUUGUGAUUGUGAGGCUCUUGACCAAGCUGCAGAAAGGUGUAUAACUUGUCAGAGUGUUCCCCAAGAGACCAUGGAAAGACUCUUCAAAACCCUAGAGGAUCGCUGCCGAUUACCGGGAAUUCUGGGACAGGGGGCUGUGAAGCUACGACUGGACGUCGUCGUUCCUGUAAUCACCAUUCCGACCUGUCUGUUCCUUGCCACUCUGGGUCCAGUAAUGACUGUUCUUAUGUUAUCUAUCAUGCCUGUAUUUCUGUUGUGGUUUUACCGACUGUGGAAGAGGAACACGAAACGAGAAAGAACUCUGUUCUUCUACUCCUGGGGACUGAUGUCGGUAGUGACCAUCUUUGUGGUGUUUGAAUCGUGUGUGGUUGGUUUCCGUGAAAUCCUUCUGUGGGAACACUUGCUGCUUUUAACUGCUAUGUUUCUCAUGUUUUAUAAUUUUGUAAGAACUAAAUUGAAUGUGCCGUACUUAAAGUCCUCGAAGAGGCAGAAAAACUUUGAAAAGCCAAAUCAGUCGGACCGAAGAGUUGUAUACACUGACGAAAAUGUCAAGGUCAGUUUGGAGGAAAUGACAGUGGAGGAUUUGUCAGAGUCUGAUGUCAAAUGGGUCGACUCCAGGCCAAUAUCAGAUGGAAAACUGGUCACAUGGUGCCAUAAUUGUAGCCUGAAAAAACCUCCAAGGUCCGGUCAUUGUAACGUGUGUAAAGCCUGUGUGUCUGUCCGUGAUCAUCAUUGUGUGUGGAUUGAUGCCUGUAUAGGAGCAGACAACCACCGCAGCUUCAUUCUCUCCAUGAUCCUGUUUGUGUUUUGUGGUUACUAUGGAGCCCAUCUCUCCAUGACGACCCUCUGCACUCCUAAGAUGUACCUUGAUUGGUUCCUACUGCCCAAUGACUGCCGAUUUCUCUACAUUGAUUUACAGACUUCGGCAAGCUUUGUGGCUUCCUGCUAUGCUUUCCUGGCUGCCACGUGCAUGCUGUUCGGUCUGCUAUUCCAGUUCCUGUUGAUUAGCCAGAACCUGACCUCUCAAGAGUUCCACAUAGCAUCCAAGAGAAACAUGCUCAGACAUGGUCUUUGUGCGACAAAGAAUGUGUAUAACCAAGGCAUUAUUCAUAACUGGUUCAACUUCUGGUUAACUGGCCGGAUGGAUACACGGACUAGUGUCAUAUCUCUCUGAUGUACAUCAUUAGCAGCUUUUUAUUUAUUGGACUUUAUAUCUUUAUUUUGAUACCUUUUUAUAAUAGUAUCCUUAAUAAAUCUCCAAAGUAGUUUCAAUGCAAGUAAUAUUUCAUUUGUACACUGAAUGUAAUUCAAUGUGUUUGGGUGUGAGCCGAAUUUUUUUUUUUCAGUUUGUUAUUUGCGCUCUUUAAAUUUUUGUCAUGUGCUUUCUGACAGUAUGCCGUUUGUCAGUGUGCUGUCUGACUGUGCGCUCUUUGUGCACUGCAUGUGUGCUGACUUUGACUGUACCUGACUUUGCUGUUUGUCAGUGUGCUAUCUGACUGUAUACUGUCUGACUGUAAGUCAUAUAUGUGCUGUGUGCUGACAGGAUGCUGUCAAUGUGCUAUCCAUGUAUGUGCUCAUUGCUGGCUUUUGCUGUGUCUGUGCACUGUCUGCUUGUGUCUGUGUGCUGUUUGUGUCUGUGCCUUGUCUAUGUACUGUCUGUCUGGCUGGUGUCUGUGUGCUCUCUGUGUGUUGUUUGCUGUGUCUGUGUGCUGUUUGUGUCCGUGCCUUGUCUAUGUACUGUCUGUAUGCCUGGUGUCCGUGUGCUCUCUGUGUGGUGUCUUUCUGUAUAUGUUGGCUGUCCGUUUGUCAGUGUCUAUACUGAUGUUUUGGUUUUGAUGUGAUUGCCAAUACACAUUACCUUUAUUCCAAUAAUGCAAAGAAUGGAGAUUCUUAUUUUCUCUACAUAUAUUAAGAUAAAUCUGAACCAUCACACACAUGAUUACAUAUAUUGUUAGAAUUUGAACAGUGCUAGUCUUUUGUAAAGUAGGAUGAUAAAAGUUUGUAACUUGCUUGCAGUACUAGACAGUCUUCAAAGACAUUGAUGUAAGUUUUGCAUAAUAGGAAGCACAUUACAAAAAAUGACAUGGAAAUAAUAGUUUUCAUUUCUUUUGUUGUCAUUCAAAAUGACAUUUCUUAAGCAAAUGUACCUCAUUUUGUUUUGUAAGGUUGCAUAUCCUGAUACAAUAUUUUAACCAGUUUGGACAAACCCUUUGCAUUGGAUUAGUAACAUUGCAUCUAUUUUCAGUGUACCAUAGCAAAGAACUAGUCAGUGUAUACUGGUAUUUAUGUAUAUACACACUAUAUAUGAUUUAUUGAUAUCAUAAGUGGUUGCGGAUUUGCCAUGGCAUUGACUUAUACUUUUGUGAUUAUUUUUACCAUUUAGCAUUUAUGUAAUAUCUAAAAUGCCUUGAAUAAAAACACUAAAGAAAUGCCGAGUUCAUUGAUAAUUUAUUAAUUUGUAACUCACUGUAUUUUCUGAUCACAUUUUUGUCUGGUGUAUGGCCAUUCAUACGAUUGUAAACUUCAUUCAACUAAUCAUGCCUCGCAGUAAUGCUGGGUAUUAAAUUAAAAACUUUCAUGGUACCAGUAUUUGAAAAGAUGCACAGAAAAAAAUAGUGAAAACAGAAUAGGUGACAGUGUGUCCUCAUAUAAAGAAACAAACUAUCAAAAUUGCAAAUACAUGUACAUGUUUAUAUAUAAUUAUAUAUGAUUAAUUUGCAAUGAAAUCAUACAA